AUGUCGGCUCUAUUCAACUUUCAAAGUUUACUUGUUGUCAUUCUACUUUUGAUAUGUACAUGUACUUAUAUACAUGAUUUCUAUCCAAAACUACUUGAUCGCUAUAGAACGGGAUUUCGUGGUACAUUUUGGAAAUUUGCUCGAAUCGGUCAAAGAAAAAGCCAAUAUGUCUCAGUAUUCUGUCUUGCAAUGGCUUUCAGUGUACUUUUUUGGCAAUAG